AUGUCGCUAAGAGUGUACAAACGAACAUUACUUCCGAAAUAUGAUAGUUUAGCAUUUACUAGUCGAUUUACUCGACGUAUUCAUUCAACUUUUUCAAUAAAGCAAGCUAGCGUAAAUUCACCGAAAGUAACAUCAACAGACCAACAAGAUUUCAGAACAAACAAGCUAAUACCUGAAUUUCAAACACUUUUCAAGAACGUAAAUAAUAACGCGUUCAAGCUAAGAGAUUAUCAGGAAGAAGCAGUAAAUGCAGUUUUAAGCAGUCUAGAUAGUGGGAUCAAAAGACCAGCUGUAGUAAUAGCUACUGGAGGAGGUAAAACCGUCAUAUUUUCACAUUUAAUCAAUCACUUAAAACCUUUAAAAAAAGAUAGAGGAAAUAAAGUAUUAGUUUUAGCUCAUACGGAAGAACUUAUUGAUCAGGCAGCAAAGAAAAUAAGAUUAAUGAAUCCUCAUUUAAAAGUAGAUAUAGAAAUGAGAAGUUUAAAAGCUGAACCAAAUUGUGAUGUUGUUGUUGCUUCAGUGCCAAGUUUAAAAACAAGAAAGAGAUUAGAAAGAUUUAAUCCUAAAGAAUUCAAGAGUAUAAUUAUUGAUGAAUGUCAUCAUGCUCCUGCACUAUCAUAUAGAAAAAUAUUGAAUUAUUUUAAAGCGUUAGAUGAAAAUUCAGAUAUUAGUGUAAUUGGUUUUACUGCUACCUUUAUAAGAUUAGAUGGUCAAGCUUUGGGUCAUAUUUUUCAAAAAAUUGUAUUUGAACGAUCUUUGACUAAUAUGAUAUCUAGUAAAGAGUUGGCAGAAGCUAGAGUGAGUGAAGUUGAAGUCGAUAUGAAUUUAGAUACAGUGUCUCGACUGAAGGUUGAUUAUGAUUCCACUAGUCUUUACAAUACGAUGAAAGAAAUAGAUUUCAAUGAUAAAAUAAUAUUAGCAUAUAUGAGAUUAAAAGAAGAUUCAAAUUGUCAAAGCACUUUAAUAUUUUGUGUUAGUGUUGAUCAUUGUUAUGAUGUUUGCUCUCUAUUUCAAAGUCAUGGAAUUAAUGCCCAAUAUGUUACCGGAUCUACAUCAAAAACUGAAAGAGCUGCUAUUAUCGAAGAUUUCAAAGAAGGUAAAAUCCCAGUCUUAUGUAAUGUACAAGUGUUUACUGAAGGUACUGAUAUGCCAAAUAUCGAUUCAUUAAUUUUAGCUAGACCCACUUUAUCUAAAUCUUUGAUGGUGCAAAUGAUUGGUAGAGGACUACGAUUACAUAAAGAUAAAACUCAUUGCCAUAUUGUUGAUAUGGUUGAUAUAACAAAACAAGGAAUUGAUGUAAUGCCAACACUCGAUGGAGAGAAUUUAACAAAAGCUAAACCAGUCGAUAUAGAGGAAGAAGUGGAAGAGGAAGAUGUAGAGGAAGAGGAAGUACCCGAAACAUCAACACUUUCUGAGGAGCAAAGAGGAAAAGCGAUUGCAAAGAUUUUGGAUUAUCACAAAAAGGAGGUACUAACAUUGAAAGAGCAAGACCGAGUAUUCACUCCUCCAGCAAUCUGGUUUCAAGACACUCAAUUGACAAACACGGUGUUGUUAAAAGGGAAAUAUCCAUGGGCUCUUAUCACUAGUAAUACAAAAUGGGGUUUACAAGGUCGAAAUAAUGAUUUCUUUAUACUCAACAAAACAAUACAAAAUGGAAAAUGUUUAUUUGAAAUUCUGCAUCACAAUCAUCUGAAUAGAAUUAAAAAUCCAAUUUUUGCUAGUGAAAACUUGUUGGAUAUUUUUAAAGUUUUAGAAUCAAAAUACGAAGCUCAUAUGACAUAUGCUAAAAAACUGAACACAUUUGCAAGAAAAGCUACCAGAAACCAAGUUGCAUAUCUCAUGAAAAUAAUCGAUAGGAAAAUAGAUUCAUUUAUGAGAAGGAAAAAGAUUGACUUACCAAAAUCAGAGUUUUCCCAAUAUGUUUCCAAUGUUUUAUUAAAUCAAAGACAAGCAAUAAUUGGUAAAUAUAUUUUUGCUUUGAAGUAUGAGGGGCAUACCGAAUAUGAAGAGAUAAAAACAGCUCAAGUUCUUAAUACCGCAUUCAAAUCUAUAUGA